AUGGGCACAUUCUGUAGCGGAGACAUAGCGCCGGUGCCAGGCAAAAAUGGCAUCGUAGCUGAGCCUAAUCUUUCUGACGACGACGGCGGCGGCGGCGAUGACGAGAAUUCCCACGUCGAUGGCGCCGUAGUAACGGACCGUAUUUCUAGGCCUAAUAAACCUUCAACGAGUCAGCCGUUUCUUCGGCUGUCUUCUCUAUAUUCACCAGGUUCACGAUGUUGUCCAGUAACCCCUGAUUCAACGUCCAAAAAGGGAUCGCUUAUCCCCUCUCUUAAAUCUCCUGAUACAACUCCUGGUGAGUUACAAUUGUUGCCAGUAUCUCUAUCAUCGAUUUAUAUUUACUAG